CAAAUUAGCAACGAAAGAAGUUAUCAAUAGUGACAAAAUGGCUUCUUAUAUGGAGAGUUCGAUUCAUAGAGGAUCAGAAUCAUUCUUUGACUUUUCUUGUUUCACCUGUCAGGAAAAUGACAGAAACACGGAGGCUGAUUUUUACUGUGAAGAAUGUUCUAAAUUUUACUGUAGCAAAUGUGUUGAGCAUCAUAGCUAUCUUUACAAGAAGCAUGCAAUUUUGGACAAGAAAAACAUCAGCCAGUGGCCUGAGACUGAUGAGUCUGGACAAGAGAUAUGUCAGGAGCACAAGAAGGAAAAACUGACAGGAUUCUGUGAGGACCACAGUCAGCUGAUAUGUCAUGCCUGCCAUGUCCACAAUCAUCAAUUAUGCAGUCAUGUGGUACUAAUAGCUGACAAGGUGAAAGACCUCAAUCAAAAAAGAGACUUCGAACAGUUGUCAGCAACUCUUGAUACACAACACCAGCAGUUGAUAAAGAAGAAACAUGACUUUGAGGAAAAUUCGAAGUCUCUUGAGAAAUCUUACAAGAAAAUUCUGGAAGAAAUCAAUGCUUUACGAAAGACUAUAAAUGACGCUUUGGAUCAACUGGAGAAAAAUACCAAGAAGGCUUUGGACACAUUGUUGGUCAAUGUGAAGACAUCUAUCAGAAAUGACAUUGAAAACUGCAAUAAGUCCAUAAAAUAUAUAUCAUGCUUACAAGAAAAUUUGCUGACAAGUAAAUACAAAAAAGAAGCACUGAGUUUUAUCAAGUAA